GCCCUGGUGGGCCGGGUUGAAAAAUCGUACGGAUCAUCUGAUCCCUGAAUUAUCGAAAACCGCAGAUCGCCAAAUGCAUUUCAUUCGCCUGCUCAAAUUGGAGAUCGCAGGCUGUGCACCGAGAACCCUAACCCUAUCAACGGAGUGGUAAGUUGUUGGGCAUUGAUCAUCUGAAACUGAAAGGAGAUAGCAAAAGCUGUUGAUAACGUAUUAAUCUAUCAGUAAUGGAUGAUGGCCAGGGUAAGAGGCGGCGAUUGCCCCCAUGGAUGUUGGCAGCUACUGCUGCUGACAGAGUAAGUGAGUGUGGAGAAGAACACAUACACGUGAACGUGAAUGUGAAAGAAGGGAUAGUAUCUCAAUCUGUUCAGCCGAAUCCCAAGUGCAGAGCCAGGGGUGAACAGAUUAAAAAAGCCAUUCCUCUCUCGAAGCAGCGAGAGACUGCAGAAGAGAAAACUUGUUCAGUGAAAAAAUGCAUGACAAGGAAACAAAAAAGGAGAAGACUAAAUCAAGAAGAAGAUGCAGGUAACGAUGAUGAAGCAUGUGAACCUGUGGUUCAGAAGAAAAGAUGCAGCAGAAUUGGGGAGAAAUUUCAGGAUUUUGUUCCUCAAAAUCGACGAAGAGUCAAUAGAUUGAGCAAGUCUAAGAGUAGUGAAGAAAUUGAAAUUUCAUCUCCAGGUGAAGACGAUGGUGAAUUGACUGUGGAAGAUUUAAUGAGCAUUGCACAAGAGUAUGUUAGAACUGAUGAACACAUGGAGCAGCCACGGUUACCACUUAGAGAGGAGGAACUGGAAAAAAGAGUAGCAGAUACUGCCUUAUCAGCAAAUGGCUCAGCAGGGCUCCCUGACGCACCUCAAAGCAACGAGAGGUCACCCAAGGACAAAGAAGUAAUGUCUGUUCUUAAUUCAUCUGAACCUUUGGCAAGUGGAGCAAUUGAAGCUAAUCUCAAUAGAACAGGGGACCCUGCUCAAGACAUGCUGGAUCUGUUUUUGGGCCCAUUGCUGAAGAAACCCCCAGCAGAGGAAAACAAGUUUGAAAUUUUUAAAGCGGAAAUGACUUUUGCAUUUCAGAGCAAAAAACAAAGAGAGAACAAUACCACUACAGAGGAAGUAGUCCCAUUGACAAAGAAGAAAAGUAGUCUCAGGGACAAAGUGUCGAUGUUUCUUGACUGAAUGGUUUAUCUGUUAGAGUAAACCAUGGGGUACAGAAAAGCAGAAAAUGGAGAUAUUGUCUUUUCGAGUUACUGGACUCUCCUGUUUCUUGAUUCUCGUGAACUAGUCAUCUGGUUUAGUUGGUAUUUGUCACAUUCCAACCAGAGAUACAUGUUCCCUAUACGUAUCUAUCAUCCAUCCACUGGCUACAAUUAAUCCUUGCUCUCAUGUUGUACAGCUACGAGGCAUUGCGAUUGGCUGGAUGGAAGUAUAUCAUGGAAAAUGCUGAUGCACAUGGAAUAGUUGUUACUCUGUAUAUUGGAAUUAAAAUAUCUUUAAGAAUUGAUAUUACAAAGGCUGUUGCCCCAGAAAAAAAUUGAGAUAGUUGUAUGUACUAAUUUUCUAGCUACUUGAAAAUGUGUAACAGUAAAACUAAAAAGUAAGGAAGGAUUAUUUGGUGUUA